UCUGAUUGCAAUCGUUUGAUCUGUUAUCAUAUUUCCAUUACGAUUGCAUUAUUACUCGAAAAGUGUCCAAAAGACAAGCUGACAUCGUUGAUAGAGAAGGAUAUUUAAAUUAAAAGAUAUUAUUCCACUGUGAUUAAGAAACGUGAUAAAAACAACGUUAAAAAAUAAAAAAAAAAUCCCAGAUUGCGUUGGAAAAAAGUUAUAUGUGACGAAAAGCAAAUCUUGGAAGAAGCUGAGAUCCAUUCCAGGAUAUAGAGAGUCAAGGAAGAAGAAAAAGAAUAACAACGACCAACGAUAAAGACUGUCAAUCUUCGAAGAGGUCCUUUUGUGCAAAUUUUGAACUUAUAGAUCGACACAAUGGCGAUAUUCAGCAUCAGAUCUUGCCUGCCUGUUCUGGUUGCCUAUGUCAUCGUCAACAUACCGCUCGUUCAAGGUCGGAGUCUAAGACGACGACACGGACAUCAUUCUCAUCCGAAUUAUUACAAUUUCGAGGAAUCGCUGCCAAGAGAUUUAUCAGGACGUCUCGAUGACGAUCUGGAGUACUAUCGCGAUUUCCACAGACAGAAGAAAAGUCGCGAAUAUCCUCAAGUUCUGGAUCGUUCCUUGGAGUACGAGGACUCGGAGGAGCGAGUACCAAUGUCCUUCCGUCGACAUAAGCAUGAAUACGGCUCGAGAGAUCGCGAGUCUUUACGAAAGGAUUACCUGCGCAAGCACGACUUUGACGCGCUCUCGAUGAGAUUCGUUGCUAGGAGAAAACGUCACGACAAAAGGACUGUCGUAAAUUAUCACAAAUUCAAUCCGGAGGACGUAACCUGGCAAUUCGAAAAUCAACCCAGGAUGCAAGAAAAACUUUUCGAACUGGAAGUGAAGCAGGCGCAAAACAGCUCCAUUUGCAACUACACCGUGGAAUCAAUUCCGGACACCCGGGGUUCCCGGGUACCGAAGGAUCUGGAGCACGUGAAGUGCAAUCACAUCGGCAGCAGUUGUCAGGGCACCGGCACCUAUUGCUGUAUACAGACGUACAGAAACAUCGAGGUAUCCUAUGGCGACGGCGACACGGAGCGAAUGAAGCUCUACGUUGGUUGCGUGUGUGCCCUUCAGGUCUUCAACAGUAUGAUGAGCUCGGAGAUAUCCAUCAGUGAUUGACACCGAGAACUCGCUAGGGUAACUUGGGGAAGACAGGGGAGUAGUGACGAUCCGCUUCGGUGAUGAAUUCGUCUCGGUGGCGACGAUCACUGGCGGUGAUCUUCAGACCGGCACGAAUCGAGCGAGACGCGUCUUUGAAGAAGACGGCGAUUGAAACUAAGCAAAAAA